AUGCGAAUUUAUUUUAUCGUUUACUUUCAGCACUCUCUACUGGCAAUUCUGGCGGCUAGUUGCUUCGGCCUGGUAGCCUCCUACAAGGACUCGCUGCACGCCUACGCGCCGGAGUAUGCACAUCCUGCGUACUCCUUCAGCUACGGCGUCAAGGAUCUUCACAGUGGCGAUGUAAAGUCACAAUGGGAAACGCGUGACGAUGGCAUCGUCAAAGGACACUACAGCGUCGUCGAGCCGGACGGUUCGAUCCGCGAGGUGGACUAUACGGCCGACUCGAAGACCGGGUUCAACGCGGUGGUGAAAACGCACGGCCCGAACGCACAUCCCGUGCGAGACGAACCGUCUUCCUUCGACCAGCACCACCAGCAUCACCAGCACUACGACGAGCAUCACUCGCAGUCGAAGAUCAAUCACUUCAGCAAGGGCCAGGACCAUCUGAUACUGAGCUCCGAUCUGCCGCAGCGCGAGAAGGACAUCGCGGAGAUCAGCGAGAAGAAGCGCCCGAUACCGUCGAUCCUGGAGCUGAAGCCGCACGUGAACCUCGAGAAGCCGCUGGUAGCGUACAAGCACUACGAACCGCCGAAGACGCUCUACAAGCAGUACGCGUACGACGAGCUGCGGCCGCACGUCACCGUCGAGACGGAGCACAGCCACAAGCACUACAUCUCUUCCAGCGACCCGUCGAACUUUUUCUCCGAGGCCGCCGACGCCGAGCAGGAUCUGUUCAAGCCAAGCAUCCGCAUCGAGGAGGUGAAGGCGCCCGACCUGUCCAAGCUGAAGCCCAUCUCGCCCGACGUCGACUUUUCGCAGCUCUCCGAGAGCGAUCUCGGGCCGUACUACACGAAGGAUAGCUACCGGCCGUUCGCGCAGUACAGCAACCACGUGUCGCACCCGGUGACACUGCAGAAGGCCAAGGUGCACACCAUCCAGGUGGACACUAAACCGAAGAAGAACCUACUGAAGCCGCUGACCACACCCGGUCUGAAGAACUUCGCCACGCCAACCGUGUACAAAUUCGCCGCCCGCAGCGGUCCCCAGACCAGGCCAGACUAUGCCAGCUACUUCAAGGCGAAAGCGACCCGCCAAGCCCGCACCGGUCCCGUCCUGUUUCACCCGGACGAGCAGAAGCGGGCCUCACUGCGGAUGGUUCAAUCGAUGCUGUCCCGCCAACCAACUCGCAACUUGCCAGUGUACGCGAGGAACUACGCCUAA